AUGGGCAACAUGCAAUGGAGGCUCGCAGACCUUGCUAGUGCAGAAGCGCCCAGGCCAUCAUGCCAGUCGGGCGCCUGGCGGGCCGCGGCCGCCGUCACGCAGCGCGCGCCCGCCUUCAAGGGCACGGCCGUGGUGCAGGGGCAGUUCAAGGAGCUCAGCCUGGACGACUUCAAGGGCAGAUACCUCGUGCUCUUCUUCUACCCGCUGGAUUUCACCUUCGUGUGCCCCACRGAGAUUGUAGCGUUUAGUGACAAAGCCAACGAAUUCCACGAUGUGAACUGUGAGGUGGUUGCGGUCUCUGUGGACUCGCACUUCUGCCAUCUGGCCUGGAUAAAUACACCACGAAAGAGCGGCGGCUUGGGCCAUAUGAAUAUUCCAGUUCUGUCAGAUCUCACAAAACAAAUCUCCCGUGACUACGGUGUGCUGCUCGAAGGACCUGGCAUAGCGCUACGAGGUCUCUUCAUCAUCGAUCCUAAUGGAAUCAUCAAGCAUCUAAGCAUCAACGACCUCCCUGUGGGCCGCAGUGUGGAAGAGACCCUCCGCCUGGUGAAAGCAUUCCAGUACGUGGAAACACACGGAGAGGUUUGCCCAGCAAACUGGACUCCAGACUCCCCUACAAUCAAACCAAGUCCAGAAGCGUCUAAGGAAUAUUUUGAGAAAGUGCAUACAUAAGCACUCAAAUAUGCAGAAAAAGUUUGUAGUAACUGAUGAUGUUAUUUUAUGCAACUUCACUGAGAAGUUGCUGAAGACCUUAAGAAAGAAGCUGUGAUUAUUGAAUAUUUAAAAAAAAAAAAUAAAGG